GUCGCGCGACGCUUCCACAGUGCGUUUCCGGGGCUGUGAGCUCGUGCGUGCGUGGUUUCCUGCUUCGAGCAGUAACUGCUCCUUAAGGCAAGCAAGCUACGGAUGGAGCCUGUCUGUAGCACUGCAGGGGAACCAAAGCUCAGACAUGUAGAAAAGGAUAUUUUGAUUCCAAAAAUAAUGAAAGACAAAGCCAAGGAGCUAUGUUCUGAACAAGUGAAAGACUUUACCAAAUGUUGUAAAGAGACAGGUUUUCUUAUGGUGGUGAAGUGCCGAAAGGAAAACAAACUUCUGAAAGAAUGUCUCACCAGCUACUAUACUGAUCCAGCAUUUUAUGAAGAAUGCAAGGCUGAAUAUUUGAAAACCAGGGAAGAAUACAGGGCAACAAAAAGUCCUCUUCAUCAAGAGCAUUCUACUAGCACAUAGGUAUGAAAAUAAAAGGAAGCUUCAUGAAUUUUAUCAUCAUCAUCAUCAUUUUUGCUAUUGUGAAGAAUAUUCCAUCACAGAAUACAUUUUGAAUCAGUUCUGUAAUAUUAAAUAAGUGGUAUGUUAAUAGCUCAUGUCAAAAUUGUUGACUGAGAUUUAACUGAUUUUUCCUUUUUAUGUACUUUUUCUCUAAUCCUGCAACUUGCCCAUUUGCAGAGGCAUCUCCUGAAGCACUUCUGAGAAUUUCCAGUUUUCACACAUUCUUUUAUAUUGAUCGAGCUGGUUGGAUUUCUGUAUACAAAACAGAUGGUCCCCACUCUUUUUAUGGUAUCUGAAAUCAAGAGCUGGGGCAACAAAGGAUUGAUUGAUUGGUAAGGAAUAUUAAGGAGGUGUAAAAUGUUACGACUUUGGAAUAUUAUGCUCUCAAAACUAUUGUUUUGAGUGUGCUAGGCAUGAAACAAAACACAGUCCUGUUCUGAGCGCCGCAAUUAGGCAACUGUUUUGUGACUUACGAUUAGGCUGCUUUUUUCAAACUUUUUCCAGCCUAGCCAGUACAACAGCAGAGAUAAGUCAAGUCCCUGUUGCUAACACUUUAGCCUGAAUGGGAUGAUGAGGCAGUGUUGAAAGAACAUUUAAACACACGGCCAGACAAAAGUCUGCCUGGUAAGUUGCCAUUUGUUUCUCUGAAGCUUCUGUGGGGAGGUUCAUGGAUGGAAGGGUGGAUUCCAUGAACAUUGUACUGCAGUUUAUUUUGCAAGCAGGUAAUACAAAAGUAGCUCUGGGUGUGUGUACAGACACAUGCGUUUACUAAGGUUAUAAAGAGUGCUACUCUAUUUUGAUUGGCUUGCUGAACUUUUGGUGUACAUGUAUAGUCUAUUUGAUCUAGUGUUCUGUUGUAAUUUCAUGCAGUUAAAAAGCAUCAGUAAGAUACCAAUAAAUAAAUAAAAUUAGAGAGCUUACAGAAAAUUGAGCCACAGGAUUUUUUUAAAAAAAACAAAAAAAUUCUAUUCUCAUUUUAAUGCUGAUCUAAUCUUUUAGAUUAGAUCAGAUGAUGGUGUAAGUAGAUUUUUAGUUGAAGACAGGACAGAACUGUGUUCCUGCCAUUUCCUACUAAAAUUUUAGUAUUUUUUAAAAUAAAUGUUGUGCAAUUUGGGUUGUAGCAUUUAGCACAGUGUACCCCCAACUUACUUUUGUAGUCCUGGAGUGAAAAACAAGGGAAUAGCAGCUGGUCUUGAAUUCCAGUUAUUUCCUAUGGGCAGAACACUAGAAACCCUUCAUUCCAAGAGAACAUUGGCAGCUCAAAAUAAUGUUUCAAGUGGUGCUACUUUGCACUGAACUUGAAACAAAACACAUUUUUUGUUUCAUGAAUACCAGUAAGAUAGAUAGAUUUAGGGGAUAGACCUCUUAUUAAGUCUACCUGUAAGUACUUCAGAUUCAUAAUUCCAUGAAUGCUUCAUGCACCCCUCCUAGUGACUUUGAACUCAGAAGUUUUUAACAAUGUUAGUGAGAAUUCAAAUAAUUAUUUCUCAGAUCAAAAAACCUUUAUUCUCUAUGAAUUAGCCAUCUAACAUUACCUUUCACUCAAAUUAAGAAAAUCACAAUAAUAUAAGCCCUCAGAGAUUCUGUAUCAAUGAAAUUUAUGAGACUAAAAUGUCAUUUCAGUGCAUUAAAGCUCAUAAAAGACAACAGCCCUGAUUAGAAAUGGUUCACCCAAAUCUUUGAUAUUUAGUACUGGGAGUUCCAUCCUCCCCCCCGCUUCCAGAAAUUUUCCAUUUCUAGUGUAUCCUACUUUGAUCUCAUUAAAAAGAAAAUCAGGAUAUAAAUUUUAAAUAAGAUUGUAUUAUUUAAGAUAUAUAAAUAAUAAUUUGAAAUACUCAAAAUGUCAAGACUCACUGAUUUGGGAAUGAAGCAUGCUACGCCCAGGUCAACAUGCAGCCUUCAACCCCAAGAAUGUCUUGGUCUGGAAGGGGAACAGAACAUUCUGUUCCUAAAUUGUAAAGAGUUUACACAUUUCUAAUUAUCAACAAUGAAACCCUACUCCAGAUUUUAUGUUUUCCACCCAGGAACCUUUGGGAUGGAAUCAGAAUUUGCUCAGAUUUAGAAUUACAAUUAGAUAGGGUAAGUGAACACAUAGCUCAGAGCAUUCAAAACAAAAAAGGCUUCUACCAAUUUGCAUAAAAUUGUUUCAAACAAAAAUAAUUUAUUUAAAAAUAUGACCAUAUCUUCAGUACGUUGUUGAAAACAUGAAGCAGCUUGGCAUGUUGGACAAUGGUAACUUAUUCAAGAUCUGUAAUCCAAAAAAAGCAGCCCUCAGAAACAUCAGAGCUAUGCAGCCACAUGAGAAAUGGCUACUGCUGCUUUGUUAUUACACAGGUAGUUGGUUCUAUCAGCUAAAGUCAGUGGCUUAGAUUUAUUAUAUGCAUAUUGGUUUUGUUCUAUUACUCUUCAGGAGGAUUGUACUCCCUUGAGUCAGUUAUGUUCAUUGGUCAGAAUAAAUUCCUGCAUCUGACAUCAUUUCCAUUAAUCACAGACAAGCUAGGAUAUGUGAACAGGACAAGAUUUUUUUAAAAAAUCUGAUGAACAUUAUUUAUGUGUGCCAUUCACUAACACCAGAGAAAACAUUCUUUCAUCUUCCCCCCCCCCAGAUUAUAUUCUCUUUAGUAAUGAUAGGGAAGAAAGCACCAGUACUGAAUUAUACAAAAUGCAAUGCAACGGAAGGGAAGGUAACACUGAUAUGGUUGUGCUGCUCAUCUACACAACCACACGGGAAGUUUUUAUCUUUCAGAAACAUGCAAUUAUUUCUUCCACUAUAGAUUUUACUUUUCUCUAUUCAUGUUUCAAGUACAAGUUUAGAAACAAAUGGGAUAUGGCAGAAUACAUGAAUUUGUACAUGUAGGAAUGAUCAGAUGAGAUUUGGGCACUGAACUAAGCAAAACCUGCAGCUGGUCCGUCAUUAUAUUGUCAGGUAUAUUGUCAAGGGCUUUUUUUCUCUCUCUGCAUCUUAAAGGCCAAGUACAAAAAACUACCUCUGGAAAUGUGCCCAAUCAUAUGCUGGUAAAAGCAUCUCUAUUGCUUCAAGUACCUCAGCAGAGAUUUACUGAUAAUAAAAUGGGAUUUAAAAAAACAGGAUGUAAAAUUAUUUCAAUGCUGUUAAUCAGUUACCCAUGUAAGCAAUAUUUUGGAUAAAAUGCAUCUUCUUUAGUAUAGGAUAUCAGCUAUGUGGUAUCACAGAAAUAUUACAUUAUUUGGAAUAUUACAGUUCUUGCUUGUAUUAAGGUGCCUGGAUAUCUCACAUCAAAACAGACACUAUUUUUGUUAGGAAAUCCUCAGUACAGAGAACACUUAAGUUACAUGAUAUUAUUUGUGAAGUGAUGAAAUAUUGUACUGUAGCAUUUAGGAACUUUUCCUUUUUCUACUAUUUCAUAUUCUUCACCACAAGGUGAUGAUGAACAGUUGAGAAAAGGAAUGAAAGUAAUUACUACACAAUUCAUUUGCUCUUUUUCAGCAUAUAUCACCCAUUAAUAAAAAGCCAGCGACUG